AUGAAUGCAAGACUAGGCGAUUUUGGGCUAGCCAGAAUGCAUGACCAUGGACAGGAGACUGGAGAGACGACAGUCGCUCCGUCGCGCACGGACGCACGGAUCGUGUCCGUGCGCGACAGAGACGCUGAAUCUUUAAAUACUCGGAUCAGUAAUUCCAACCAGAUCCCUGUUAGUCGCCCCAUCACCAUUGAGCGUGCUAGAGUUGAUGGUGGCUAUGAAAAAGAAAAAUCAGUUAAUAAUGAAUUGAAAGAUGAAAGUGUAAAUAAUGUGAAUGCGGAAGGUGUGAGAGCGCCACCAGUUAUUAGCCAUUUGGAUAGUCAUGAGAUGCAGAAUUAUCCUUUUAUGAGGGCGUUGAGAACAAUAGAGAAUAAGAGUGAUCCGUGUGGAGGGAGGUAUAUUUAUGUUCACGAUCUUCCUCCAAAGUUCAAUGAGGAUAUGCUUAAGGAGUGUAAGAGCCUCAGCCUUUGGACAAAUAUGUGCAAGUUCACUACAAAUGCUGGGCUUGGUCCGCCAUUGGAGAAUGUUGAAGAUUUUCGGCACUUUGUGCAAAUUCUUACUGCUUUUUUCCCUCUAAAUUGGGUUCCUCUAAAUUCUGCAUUAGAUAGGAGACCUGACAUCGAUGAAGAGUUUUGUUUUAUAAAUACGGAUGUCGUGAAAGCAAAAGGCAUUGGUGGAUAUACAACAAAUGCACAAUGUUCAUCUCCAUUCACAGUAUUCCAAAGUUUGCAGAGGCGACGACUAGGGAUGUUGUCAAAGCUAUUGUUCUUACUGGAAGACACCAGGAAAAAAUUUCGUGCUUUUGCCAACAAUAGAAAAAAGGUGGAAGAACUUGAGCAUGAAAGGAAAAAACUGAGGAAGGAAGUUGAGUACGAGAAGGUUUCUGCUCUAAAUCUGAGCAUAGUGCUUUUGGAUAUAUUCAAGGAAACUUCUUCAACUCUGAGAGAAAUAAUCAAUCCGGAUAUGCCUCAGUCAAAGAUAGUCUGCUAUACAAAAAUUGCUGUGCAACUGAAAAAGAAGACUGUCUGUGAUGUGCCAUUACAUUGCAGAUGGAUGACUCUGAAAUUGCAUAAGAAAUUGGAUGGAUAUGCUAUUAAAUUGUUGCUGGACUGGGUGUAUUGGGGGCCUCAGAUUUAUCAGGAAGUUUCAGUUUAA